CUAAUAGCUACUGCAGAACAACCUGUUGCGAUCAUGCUGUUUGCCUGGUUUUGCGUUUUUGUUUCUGCUUUCGCCGACCGCUUUGUAACCGAACAAUCUCCUCCGCGUCCCGGUAGCUAUCAAGAAGUCCCGGUGAACAGUACUGAUGUUGUAGAAGCGGCGCAGUUUGCUGUGGUUGAAUUCAACAAAGCCAACACAGAAGACAUGUUUAAUUAUGCAAUUCUGGACAUUACAUCGGCUCAAGUUCAGACCGUCGGAGGAUUUAACUAUUUCCUGGAAAUGCUCCUGGGACGUACAACGUGCAAGACCGGCAACACUGCUGCUAUCAAAGGCAACGCUGCUGCUAGCGACUGUGAUUCCAACUCUGAACCCAAGGCAAGUACCCCCAGGAUGAGAACCCCCUGA